CGGUGUCCGCGUCUCAUGAAUAUGCAGGAGCCGCCUCCCUCCCUCCGUGACGUCACGGGCCGUCCCGGGGUGAGCGCGGAGCGGCUCCGGGUCCGCGCCAGUGAGCGCGGCUGCUGCCGGCGAGCCAGCGGCGCGGCGGCGGGCACCGGAGGCCGAGCGCGGCGGCACCCGAAGUGCACCCAGCCGGCGAGGCGAGGCGGCCCGCGGCGCGGCGUGCCCUGGAGGCGAGAGCCGGCGCGGGCAGCAGGCGGCAGCGGCAGCUCGUUGGCAGCGGCGGCGAGGAUGCUGACUGGGAGGCUGUGCUGGGUGCCGCUCCUGCUGGCGCUGGGCGUGGGGAGCGGCAGCAGCGGCGGCGGGGGCAGCCGGCGGCGCCGCCUCCUCGCGGCUAAAGUCAAUAAACACAAGCCAUGGAUCGAGACUUCGUAUCAUGGAGUCAUAACUGAGAACAAUGACACAGUCAUUUUGGACCCACCACUCGUUGCCCUGGAUAAAGAUGCACCAAUUCCUUUUGCAGGGGAAAUUUGUGCAUUCAAGAUCCAUGGCCAGGAGCUGCCCUUUGAGGCUGUGGUGCUCAACAAGACCUCGGGAGAGGGCCGGCUCCGUGCCAAGAGCCCCAUUGACUGUGAACUGCAGAAGGAGUACACAUUCAUCAUCCAGGCCUAUGACUGCGGUUCAGGGCUCCGGGAGACAGCCUGGAAGAAGUCACACAAAGCUGUGGUCCACAUCCAGGUGAAGGAUGUCAAUGAGUUUGCUCCCACCUUCAAAGAGCCUGCCUACAAGGCUGUCGUGACAGAGGGCAAGAUCUACGACAGCGUCCUGCAGGUGGAGGCCAUCGACGAGGACUGUUCCCCCCAGUACAGCCAGAUUUGCAACUAUGAAAUCAUCACAACUGACGUGCCUUUUGCCAUUGACAGAAAUGGCAACAUCAGGAACACUGAGAAGCUGAGCUACGACAAGCAACACCAGUAUGAGAUCCUGGUGACAGCCUAUGACUGUGGACAGAAGCCUGCUGCUCAGGACACCCUGGUGCAAGUGGAUGUGAAGCCAGUUUGCAAGCCUGGAUGGCAAGACUGGACCAAGAGGAUUGAGUAUCAGCCUGGCUCGGGGAGCGUGCCCCUGUUUCCCAGCAUCCACCUAGAGACCUGCGAUGGGGCCGUGUCCUCCAUCCAGAUCACCACAGAGCUACAGACCAAUUACAUCGGGAAGGGCUGUGACCGGGAGACCUACUCCGAGAAGUCCCUUCAGAAAUUAUGUGGAGCCUCCUCUGGCAUCAUUGACCUCUUGCCGUCCCCCAGCACUGCCACCAACUGGACCACCAGACUACUGGUGGACAGCAGUGAGAUGACCUUCAAGUUCGACGGCAGGCAGGGUGCUAAGAUCCCUGAUGGGAUUGUGCCAAAGAACCUGACGGAUCAGUUCACCAUCACCAUGUGGAUGAAACACGGCCCCAGCCCCGGUGUGAGAGCUGAGAAGGAAACCAUCCUCUGCAACUCAGACAAAACUGAAAUGAACCGGCAUCACUACGCCCUGUAUGUGCACAACUGCCGCCUCGUCUUCCUCUUGCGCAAGGACUUUGACCAGGCUGACACCUUCCGCCCAGCAGAGUUCCACUGGAAGCUGGACCAGAUUUGUGACAAAGAGUGGCAUUACUAUGUCAUCAAUGUGGAGUUUCCUGUGGUCACCUUAUACAUGGAUGGAGCAACAUAUGAGCCAUAUCUGGUGACCAACGAUUGGCCCAUUCACCCAUCUCACAUAGCCAUGCAACUUACUGUCGGCGCUUGUUGGCAAGGAGGAGAAGUCACGAAACCGCGGUUUGCUCAGUUCUUCCAUGGCAGCUUAGCCAGUCUCACCAUCCGCCCUGGCAAAAUGGAGAGUCAGAAGGUGAUUUCCUGCCUGCAGGCCUGCAAGGAAGGGCUGGAUAUAAAUUCCCUGGAAAGCCUUGGCCAAGGAAUAAAGUAUCACUUCAACCCCUCGCAGUCCAUCCUGGUGAUGGAAGGUGACGACAUUGGGAACAUCAAUCGUGCCCUCCAGAAGGUCUCCUACAUCAACUCCAGGCAGUUCCCAACGGCAGGCGUGCGGCGCCUCAAAGUCUCUUCCCAAGUCCAGUGCUUCGGGGAAGAUGUGUGCAUCACCAUCCCUGACAUGGAUGCCUACGUGAUGGUGCUGCAGGCCAUCGAGCCCCAGAUCACCCUCCGUGGCACCGACCGCUUCUGGAGACCGGCGGCCCAGUUUGGAAGUGCCAGAGGGGUGAUUCUCUUCCCCGACAUCAAGAUCGUGAGCACCUUUGCCAAAGCCGAGGCCCCAGGUGGCUUGAGGACCACAGGCCCCAAAUCAGCAGUCUUAGAAGAAAUGCUUCACAACUUAGAUUUCUGUGACAUUUUGGUGCUUGGAGGGGACUUGGACCCCAGGCAAGAGUGCCUGGAGCUCAACCACAGCGAGCUCCACCAGCGGCACCUGGAGGCCACCAACUCCACUGCAGGCUACUCCAUCUAUGGUGUGGGCUCCAUGAGCCGCUACGAGCAGGUGCUCCGUCACAUCCGCUACCGCAACUGGCACCCAGCUUCCCUGGAGGCCCGGCGGUUCAGGAUCAAGUGCUCGGAACUCAAUGGGCGCUACACCAGCAAUGAGUUCAACCUGGAGGUCAGUGUCCUCCAUGAGGUCAGAGUCCCAGACGAGGAGCAUGUCAACCAUCUGAUCGUGCAGCCUCCCUUCCUCCAGUCCGUCCACCACCCUGAGUCCCGGAGUAGCAUCCAGCGCAGUUCAGCGGUCCCGAGCAUCGCCGCAGUGGCCGUCGCCAUCUCCGUGUGCAUACUAGUGUUUGUUGUGGCCAUGGGCGUGUACCGGGUCCGGAUCGCCCACCAGCACUUCACCCAGGAGACCGAGGCUGCCAAGGAGGCUGAGAUGGAUUGGGACGACUCCGCACUCACCAUCACAGUCAACCCCAUGGAGAAACAUGGAGCGCCAGGGCGUGGGGAAGACGAGACUGAGGAAGAGGACGAGGACAUGGAGGAGGACAUCAGUACCAGCAGCAGUGACUCAGACGACAGCGAAGAGGACGAAGAGGAGGAGGGGAUGGGCAGGGGCAGACAUGGGCAGAGUGCAGCCAGGCAAGCCCAGCUGGAGUGGGACGACUCCACCCUUUCCUACUAGUGCCCGGCUGUCUGUGCCCGCCCACAGGUCCCUUUUGUAAGCCCACCCCGAUAUAUGCCUGAGUCUAUCA